AUGGAUCUGAGAUCAUCGUAUCAAAGUGAUUACGACGGCGAAAACGACAGUCAGCUUUCAUCUCCUCCGAUUUUGGUUAGCGCUUUGCCGAUUGUUUCUCAACAAACAAAUGUGCUUGCUGCUCUUAUGAAUAACCUCCUCCUUCAUCAUGCUGGGAUCGAUCUGGAAACCUUAUAUGCUUAUGGAGAAGUGGAAUUCGUUACGUUCCUCAGCGCAGUCACCCUUUCGCACCUUUUGGCAUCGACUGAUCCACGUCUGAUGUUCAUGUCGCAUGCUCAUCGUCGAUACUCUGCAUUAUUUUUCAAAUUGUUCAAUGUUGAGUUGUUGCGAGUGGACGGCUUUUCACGACACAGUUUUGCUCCUCCUAUCAGUAUGCCAAAGCCAAUGCCUCACGAAAAGAAGCUUAAAGAAUUGAAUCUUAUCAAUGGCCUGUUUUACGCCGUGGGGAUCCGGCCAAAUCGUUCCUUAACCUUGGAUUCUGUCCAAGUUGGAGCGCCGAAUCCUGGAGGUGAAGAACUCGAUUCGCGUUGUCUGUUGACUUUCGCUUACUGGAUGCAUCUGAUUGGAAAACAGUCGGCGUCUAAGAAGACGGCUAAAGUCUUGGAGACUUUUCUCGUUGUGGACAAAGACUGCCGGAUAGGUGAACUUUCAACUAUUGCACUGGAGAAAGCCUUUCUGGCCGUGAGAGAGGAACUCCAAAAUCUCAAGAGCUUCGAAAAUUACAAAGAAAGCAUAAUAGCGAAGAGAAGUGCUUAA